UGGCCGAUUCGGAAUCUGUGGUCAGAAAAGGGCUGCUGGUUCAAGAGAACUCGGAUCUAAAUGGACCAAAAAUGUCCUCUACAUGCUCUGAAGGACUCGUGAAUCAUUUGACUCUGGGACAAGCAGACGAAAUGUAACUACUUUAAUGUUGCCUAUCUUUGGUUGUUGAGAUUCAUCUCGAGUUUUACAAAGAAUCUCUCGGCCAGUUUGUAGUUCCGUAUUUGCAGAUUUUUCUCUGUAGAACUUGACCCAAAACAGAGAAGAGCAAAUCUAAAACGCUUGAGAGAAAAAUGCAGCUUGGGAAGGUGAAAUACCUGGACGAAACGCUACUUGACGCGCUAUUGGCUGGUGUUUCAAAAGCAGCCAAUCCAUAAGAUCCAUUCACUUUGCUUGUCCGUGAUUGGCUGAUCCGCCCUGCGAUAAGGAAGUCUGUAAAUGUUAGCUAGCUUCUGUUGUUGUGCUAAGACAGUUUCCACUGUGUAUAUCAUUGAAUAUUAAUUUAUAUCUGGUGUUUGAACUAUUAAAAUAGGCAGUUGUAAGAGUUUUUUGAGCCAAUCUUAAGUACUCAGAUUUCAGCUGUUCUUGGGCAGCUCUGGUCCCCAGGCCCCAUGAAUACCUGGGAUACGCUGCACAUAUCAAAAGUUGGGGGAAACCUCAACUUUCUGAACCUGGCUUGGAGUAAAAUUGGCAAAUUUAAAAACAGCUCAGGAUAGUGAGAAACGACGCGGAGUCAGUGCGGGUCGAAGCUCCAUCAAUCUCUGCAUUUCGUGGUAAUCCAAACCCUGGAAGUGGAGCGGGGCGGGGGCGGCGGGAAAACAUGUCACACUUCAAACACCGUUACCAGCCCGUAGAGACUGCACCUCAUUACACACACGGCUCGCACUUUAAAUUACGCAAUGUAAAUAGAAAUUGCCAGCUGCGCGGAUUCCACUGGGUCAAAGUUCCCCGUGUCUUAUUUUAGCAAUCUUUAAAACCUUUGGUGAAUUUUAGGAUUUUGCUGGCCGUCCCUCUGUAGCCACGGCACAUAUUACCAAUUUAUCAGUGUUAUUAACCACAGCUUGUUUGUAAUGGUUGGCCUAAAAUCGUAACAGCAAUUCAGGAGACCUUAAGUAUUUUUGAAAUUAUGAAAGAGGAAUAAAUCCCAUUUGGCUUCUGCAUAGCUUUUUAAGGAGAAUAAAUGAUUUAACUAAUUACAUGUAUGGGCAAAUGCAUAGACUGGAAGCCUGCAACACUCCUCGGCUACCAGGUGGACCCCUGGGGACCGGGGUUCGGUACCACAGCCGUGGGUAGUUGUGGUCCUGUGGGCGUGUUUGAGACCCCUUCUAAAAACGGCUGUUUUUAAAAAUGCAAACAUGAAUUAUACCUAAGCAUGCAUUAAUACACAAAUUGAAAGCCAUUUUAGCUCAACUGCAGAAGCUAAUAUCUACAGUCUCCUUUAUCGCCGCUCUCGGGGCUCCAGCCAAUCAGCGCCAAGGAAAAUAAAUGGUGCUCCAGGAUUGGCAGCUUUGCAAACGCCAGCCAAUUAGGAUUAGGAAUAGAUUUCAACUUCCAAAGCUGUAGUUUCUUUCAAAUAUUUUACAUAAUCUCUGCUUAAAAAAAAAAAUCAGUGAAAAGACUAAUUUUCUGUGGGUCGGGUUUCCUUAAAACAAUCUGCGAAUAGGUGAAUCCAUAUUUGUGGAUUUCACAGAUUUCUGUAAACAGAAAGAGAUUACUUUAUUGGUAAAGUGACGUAACAACCAAACCCUCUGGCAGCACAGUUUAUGCCGCAGCAGUUUAGAAUUCGCAGACCAUCCAAACAACUUCUGGGGUUGUUUGUGAGCAUAAAGGUGAUCAGGAAAAAUAUCUUACACAGCUGGGGACUGGGGUUGUGCGCAUCAGAGAAAUACUGCUAGUCAGAACUGAAGUUGAAAUUGCAAUGUCAACCUCAAUGGUGGCAGAAUUUUAGGGGGGGGAGGGUUGUUGUUGUUUUUUUCAAAUAUAGCUUUUUAUCCUAACCAUUAUUUCCCUUCUACGGUAAAUUUACAGGCAACGUCGACUCAUCAAGAAACGCUUUUAUAAUCUCUCUGCACAGGAAGCCGGUUUAUUAGAUCUCCGAGCUUCUGCUCUCAGACACCGUUUCUCCUGCUUCCCGUUGAUUAAGUCAACAUAUAAAUCUUUAUUUUAUGAACUGAAACUCAAGCUGGAGACUUUAUUAUUAUUACUUUUCCAUGUCUGCAGUUAAUGUGCUGGCAGCUCUAUUACUCCUGACUAGCCUCGUGUUUGUAGCAAUUUUCAUGAUGUGAAUUAUUUAUUCACUGACUCAAACCUUUAUAUACGACUAAAGCACAUGUCGUCCAGGUAUUUCUGAAUUCUGAUGUAACUUUGACUUUCAUUGUGCGAAUUUCAAGAGGAAUUGAAAAUCUAUGCAACUGUACAAAUGACUCUCUUUAAUAGAUACAUAUGUUGUUGUUUUUUUAAGUAGGGUUUCUUAAAAUGGAACUUGUGAAGGUUUUCGGGCGUAACAGUGUGUUAUAAUGAAACUUUAUCUCUGAAUUAAUGAGCUCUUGAAAAUACUUAGACAUUUAAGCACAACACAGAUCAUUGUGCAUGAAUUAUAUGACGUUAUAUGACUGUUUACAUCAUUGCCAUAAGAGCUAAAUGAUGUGGUUAGAUUUAGGAACUACCACGGCAUCUCGUAGGUGGACAUAGGCAACGAUCCUAAGCAAAAGGUUCUCAACAUGCCACCUGUGCGCCAGGAAAAGGGAAGCACAAAAGUCACAAUGUAACUUGAAGUAUUGUAAAUAGUAAACGGCAACAGCAAUGUGCAACUAACCAAUAAGUUCAUGGAAAUUAGGCAGCAAAACGUCAAGACAGUCCGGUUCUGGAAAUACUCUAGCAUAGAAUAGAAGUAUUUACAGAAAGAUGCUCGAUAAUUUGACCAAAGAGAACCUAAGUUUUCCCAGAAAAUACUUUGUAGGUUAAAGAACAAUUAACUAUAACUUCCUGUAUACCAAAAGUUAUUUUGUAAGAUUCCCUGUACGUGUUUGGGAAAGUUAUCUGUAAACUUACAGGAAGUCCCCUGUGAUGUUUUUUUUUUCCAAAAGGAAACUCAGUAAGACCGACCUUAAUGUUCUGAGAAAGUGCCUGAAUUUUAGGGAUACAACUUGUAAUUUCACAAAAAAUAAAUAAAUAAAUAAAAUACACAAAAGCUUCAAACCCAGAGAAAGUAAUCUUAUAAGAGUCGAGUACCUGGUUACAAAUCACAGCAUGAACACAGGACAGAUCCCAAAUGCACUGUGGCAUUUCUGUGAAGUAAAUCACAAGUUUCCAGAAGGUCACCUGUAGCUUAUCAAGACGUAAACAUGCGUGAUCUGGGAAAGUAAACUUUAAGUGCCAGAAAAUACAUGCAUCGCCCAGUUCACCAAAUGAUUUUUAACGUUUAUACGUCCCCAUUUAUAGUCUGUUAAUGAAUUGUAAGGCGGUGAAUAUUUUUGGCUUUUACAUUCCAGCAAAAGAGCCAAGCCAGUGAGAGAGGACACAAAAGUUUCUGGAUUCCCAGAACCCAAUUUAUUUUAAGGUGGCUUUGAACUGUGUUUCUGAGUGGAAAAUAUCUGAGAACCACUUGCAACGGAAAAUCGAUGAGGAUAUUUUGGAAGCGACUCUCACGCUCCGUCUUCCUACAAAGCGGUUGGUUAAGGUCGAUACUGUUAGAUCAAGAAGAAAAGAAAGCAACAAAAACUCAUUUAAAACCCUGAAGAUGAUCAUUGAGGAUUCUCAAAUUCUCCUCAAACAAAGCUAAAAGCGAGGUGGAAUCUAAAGCGGAGGCGUUUUCCAUUUGAUCAGUUUCAGAAGAGACAUCAGACAGCAGCUCACUGAUGUUGCGUUUUAGUCACACAGCUUCUUAAGAAGAGCAAGUCUUCCAGCAGAAAUGAGUUCAGAUGCAUAAUAUAACAAAUCCUGCAUUUUUAAAGGGGGGAAAAAAUAAACCUUUUUUGCAUAAAGGUUCAAACUUUCAAACCAAAAUUUUGUUGAACCUUUUGAUUUGAUUUCAGCUGUGAGUUUGCUCCUCUCUUCAGCUGUAGUGCAUCUGAUGAGAAUGGUGGGGGAGAAAUCAGCUGAGUUUUAUCAUCUGUUAACUGCCAAUUUUGAUCCCAAAGCUUUGGCUAUCUUCUAGAAAGCUACAGAAUACAAAAAAAUAAAAGGUUUUUCAGCUCUUUUACUUUUUAUUCUCUCCUUAUGCAGAAACAGUUUCACUGGCAUGCAUUUAUGCCCCUUUUUUUUUUUUUUUACUGAUGUUUGCUUUAUGUUCCAUUUUCUGCUAAAUGAUCCACUGCGGCGUCUCUCUGACAGAUUCCACGGUUCGGGUCUCCCACACAUCCGAGUAAAAGACGAACUGAGCCCGGGGGCGCCGGAAACUCCCGAGCUCCUUUCAAAUUCAAACCGUGCCACCCGAACAGCUCCCUGUUCUCCUGGGACGUCUCCUCCUCCUCCGCCGCGGCGCCGCGCGUCCUCUAGCUAUGUACGAAAUAAAUAAGUGUGCGGAACGGCGCCUGCGCCUGCUCCAACCUGUCGCAGCAUCCCUCCGCUGUGUCAGGUGAUUACGGAGGGUGAGGAUGACGGAAUCCAGUUCGUGACGCCAAUUCCCGGUCAGAACGGCUCCCGCAGAUUACGCGGACAUAAAGCAACUCCUCAAGCCACAGCUCCGUUCGGAAGAAUGGUGCUUCUGGUCUUCUCUCUCAAGAAAUCUCUCCUGCCCCCGCCCCCUCAGCGUCGUGGGUCUCCUCCCUCCCCAUCCUCACGGCCUACUCAGGUGACGAUGCUGCUGCUGUGGGCGGAGCUCUGUCUCCUAAUAACCUGAGGGACCCGGCAGUUCCCAGCGCAGAGGGGCUCCAACCACUCCACCUGUGAACUAUGUGUUAAAAGAAACGAAGGAUGUGAACUUUCUCCUGAUUUGAUAAAACCAUCCACCAACCUUUCUGUGAGCUGAUAAAUGUUAAGCCACGCCGACUUUCCAAAGCGAGCCAUUAACUACUAAAGCUCAGAAGUUAAUUACAAAAUCAGAUUCUUACAUGUGAUUCGGAAAAUUAUAUCUUAGGUCAUUGUUUUUGUAAAUGCAGAUCAAAACUUUGUCAGAUUGGCUCAAAAGAUAGGUCAUCUAAGCGAUCUAAGAAGUCUUCAACCAUGGCUACCAAUGCCACCAUGGAAGCAGCAGACGUUGUUGUUAUCGUAAUUUACUUCAUCGUGGUGCUGGGGAUCGGCUUCGCGGCAAUGCGAAAAUCCAACCGAGGCACGGUGAGCGGCUACUUCCUGGCUGGUCGCUCCAUGAACUGGUUCGCCGUGGGAGCGUCUCUCUUCGUCAGCAACAUUGGAACUGAGCAUUUCAUUGGACUCGCCGGGUCAGGGGCCGCUAGCGGGUUUAGCGUGGCUGCGUGGGAAUUCAACGCUCUACUGCUGCUUCAGUUACUGGGCUGGGUGUUCAUCCCUGUAUACAUUCACUGUCAAGUCUACACCAUGCCAGAGUACCUGUCCAAGCGAUUCGGAGGGAAGCGCCUGAAAGUGUAUUUUGCGGCUUUGACUCUGGUGCUUUACAUCUUCACCAAGUUGUCUGUGGACCUCUAUUCGGGUGCCUUGUUCAUCCAGGAAUCCUUAGGGUGGAACCUUUAUGUUUCCAUCAUCGUCCUCAUCGUCAUGACAGCUGCGCUGACGGUCACUGGAGGUCUGGUCGCUGUCAUCUACACAGACACAGUCCAAGCAAUUAUGAUGAUCGUCGGAGCGCUCUGUCUGACGGGCAUCGGCUUCGCCAAAGUCGGAGGCCUUGAAGGGCUAAAAGAAAAGUACAUGCAGGCCAGUCCUAACAUCACUGCCAUUCUUCUGUCUUCACCUAAUCUGACAUAUUCUGAAUCCUGUAAGCAUCAUCUCCACCCAAAAGCAAAUGCUCUGAAAAUCCUGAGAGGCCCAAAAGAUCCAGAUCUGCCCUGGCCUGGUUUCUUGCUGGGUCAGACACCUGCCUCAAUCUGGUACUGGUGUGCAGAUCAGGUGAUCGUACAACGAGUUCUGGCCGCAAAGAACAUUGUUCAUGCCAAAGGGUCGACCAUCAUGGCAGGUUUUCUCAAAACUCUCCCCAUGUUUGUCAUGGUCAUGCCAGGGAUGAUUUCCAGGGUCUUAUUUACUGACCAGUUGGCGUGCAUCGGCCCAGACCACUGCAUGCAGGUGUGCGGUUCUGCCGCCGGCUGCAGCAACGUGGCGUACCCUCGCCUUGUCAUGUCGGUGAUGCCCGUCGGUCUUCGCGGCUUGAUGAUGGCGGCCAUGAUUGCUGCUUUGAUGAGCGACUUGGACUCUAUCUUCAACUCUGCGAGCACCAUAUUCACGCUGGACAUUUACAAAAUGCUGCGAAAGGACGCGUCGCCCAAGGAGCUGGUGAUAACCGGCAGGCUUUUUGUCAUCCUUAUGGUGGCCCUCAGUAUUGCUUGGGUGCCGGUUGUCAUCGAAAUGCAAGGGGGACAGAUGUUUUAUUAUAUCCAAGAGGUGUCUGAUUAUUUAACGCCCCCUGUGGCGGCGCUAUUCCUGCUUGGUGUUCUGUGGCAGCGCUGCAACGAGACCGGUGCCUUUUGGGGUGGAGUGGUAGGCUCUGCUCUUGGCGCUCUGCGGUUACUCUUAGCUGUAGUUUACAGAGAACCGUACUGCGGCCAGCCGGAUGAGCGGCCGUCCUUCAUCAAACAAAUCCAUUUCAUGUAUGUGGCGGCCAUCUUGUUUUGGGUAUCAGCUAUAACGACUGUCGUCGUGAGUCUCUGCACGCCUCCGCCGGAAAAACAGCUAAUCAGAACUACCACUCUGUGGGGCUUAAGGCAGAGAAUGAAGUUUAACACACUAGCAAUAGAUCAAGGUGAAGAAAACCUUAACAAAACAAACGCGACUGAAAAUGGAGGUGGUGUUGUUGGUGAAGAAACGCUCCAUAGCCACCAAACGAAGCUUAGGAGCACUGAUGGUAGAGAUGAAAACACUCAAUCAGCCAAUGGGAACAUAAUCCCAGUCCGGUCAUCACUACAGAAUGACUCGUAUAAUCUGAUAGCUGAGCCUAUGCUGGAGGGCGAGGGAGAUGGGAGAGAAGUGAAGGAUGUGGAAGAGGGGAAGGAGUGCCGUUUGGGGGAAGGAGGAGACUCUGCGAAAGUUUGUGGGGGUAUUUGUGGCCGCCGGAAGAAGUCUUCGCAGAGUCGGGUCAUUACAGCUCAGGAGCAGGAGAGGAUUGUAAAUAAGCUUCUUUACGAACCUCCCAGAACCAGAAUCCUACUAAACACAGCACUGGUAUUGAUUUGUGUGAUUGGGAUCUUUCUUUAUUUGUAUUUCUCCUUAUAGACAGCAAAAACUCUCUUAAAACGAGGUACUGCUCCUAAAUUUAUUCCUUAUCUCCCUGAAUUUGCUGUAAUUUUAUGACACCAUGUUGUGGCAUAUAGUGCACUUACACCACUUCAGAUAUUAAUACUUCCAAGUCAUACUCAAAACUUUUUUAAAUGCUUCUCUAUCAUGAUUAUUGACUAUAGUUGGUUGCUGUACAUCUUGGAGUGCUGGCAGCCGGCCAGACACCACCAGCGCUUUAUAUUUUGUCACAUGCGUCUAACAACAGUAAUGUGCGUUGCUCUUACAGAUCACAGCUAAAGCAAAUCAUCUAUUUUUAAAGAUUUUCUGUACACAUUGUAAAAGCAAUUUCAUUCAGGUACUGUGUAAUUUUCUAAGAACAAAUGUAAAAUCUGAUGAUCCUUACGAUAUUUACUGUAAAACCUACACUGAUGGAUGCAAGUGUGAAUGUCUUGAUCGUCAAACAUCAUUGUGAGCUGUAACCCAGACGAGUAGUUUUUAUUAAAAUGAGUUUAUGUUUUGUUUCUAUUGCUCACAACUUUUGACAUAUUUUCCAGAAUGUCCAACACAAUAAAAAUAAGACUGAAAUUAACACUUUAUUGAGUGUACAGGCUCUGAAAUUUAAAAUUUUUUGUUUAUUUUGAACAUAAGUAGUUUGACUGGGUUCAGUGAAUCAGAGGAAAUGGAAAAUAUUGAAGGUUUUUGAUCAGAUGUUCCGACAGAGACCGACUAAAUGGCAUCGAUGUGAACACAC